AUGCUCUCGAAACUUCCCUUUACUGCCCUGCUCGCCGCUCCCUUAGGUCAUGUCUUGGCGCGGGCAACUAUUGAUACUUCUGAUUGCACCAAGAUUACUCCUGAGUGUCCUAUAGAAUACACCACGUACGGUUAUUAUCCGAACCUUGGUGGCAAUGUAUUCUUUCUCCUCUUCUUCUCAUCUCUUUUCGUUGCCCAAGUUUAUCUGGGAAUACGCUGCAAGACAUGGUCCUACACAGCAGCUCUCGCUACCGGCACUCUAUUCGAAGCGCUUGGAUAUUAUUCUCCGCUCAAACCAAACUUUUACCCAUGGAUAUUCGUGGGCUGCGAUGCCGGGUCGAUUGUUAUUCAAGCUAUCGGUGGCGGCGUGGCGUCUGCUGGGACGGGCGGUGGGAGGGAUAGUGUUGCUGAACUCGGCAAUCAUAUCAUGGUCGCGGGUAUUGUCUUUCAGGUUGUCACGAUGGGACUUUGUGGUUGUCUAAUUGCUUUCUAUAUCUUUCGAUAUCAGAGACGCCACGUUCGACGGAUGCAGGGUACGAGUCAGUAUGAGACAAGCAAGGCUAACGGCACGGUAUCUCGUCAGAAAGUGAUGACCUUCGCUAUCGUUCUCACUAUCGCCUACUUCCUCGUGCUUAUACGCUGCAUUUACAGAAUACCGGAGUUGGCUGGCGGCUGGGGAAAUCACCUUAUGCGUAUCGAGAAAGAGUUCCUCGUUUUGGAUGGAAUGAUGAUCGCCCUCGCCAGUUUGAUCCUCACGAUUUACUGGCCCUCUUGUUAUUUUCCGCCUUUCGCCAAAUUUCGAGUUGACAAACAUCUACCGCUUGCUUCUGAGAAUAUUGCCCUGUGA